CUCUAUCGUAGCGUACAGACGCUUAACAAAGAAUAUAUUAUAUUAUGUAUAUUUGUAUAGUUUAACUGUAUGUGUAAGUGCAAAAGUGAUAGUGACAAAGUUGAUAAUCGUGCAUUGUGAGUUGUGCUAGUAGUGUUGUGUUCACGUGGUAUUUACUCCUUGGUUCCCUGCGCGCGAAAUAUACAUCAACAUAUCAAUAUAUCUGGGUUUCUAUAUAGCAGUUCACUAUAUUCAGGGUCAAAUUCCUAUCUUAAAAAUGUCAAUAUCGUUGCAUAUACGUUCGCCUUGGACAACAUACGGGUGCCGCGCGCAGGCAUUGUCUUCGAUCACGACCGGUAUGGAGUCUGAAUUGAAAUGAGGGUUGAGGAGUGAAUUUCAAGUGUCAGUGCCAGUGAUGCGGACUAGGCGGUGAAAUGAUUAAGUUUCGGUACAAGCGCAAAGAGACCCCCGAGAAGGGUGGGACGGCGAUUCAGAAGCAGAAGAUCGAGGGUCUCAAGGACCGGGAACUACUGCCACCUAAGGACUUGAUUGGCGGAUCUCUAGCUGGAGUCCGCCACAACACCCUACCGAGAACCCGGCCACCAUCGGCUGCGAGACGAGAGUUGCCGGAGCUUAUCGGACCAACUGUAUCUCUGUUUAGAGAACUAUUCGCUCAGCUACAAUGGUCGGCGGAGCGGGCGCCGGCGGCCGACAGCUUGCGGCGGGCGUUGGGCGGCGGCGGGGCGCGCUUCCAACUGGGCUGCAUGGCCGACGCCAGCGAGUGCUUCGAGCACCUCCUCCUGAGGGUCCACGCGCACGUGGCCGCCGGCUCCGGCGAGAAACGCGACGACGACGCGUGCCGGGCACCCCACUGCGUGCCGCACAGAAAGUUCGCCAUGAUGCUCGUCGAGCAGUCCGUCUGUGGCGCCUGCCAAGCUACCUCCGAACCCCUGCCUUUUACUCAGAUGGUACACUACGUGUCCGCGACGGCGCUGACGGCGCAGGCGGCGCUGGGCGAGCACGGGGACAGCUUCGGCACCCUGCUGAGGAAGGCCGGCGGCAUGGGCGACAUACGGGACUGUCCUAACGCCUGCGGUGCCAAAAUCCAAAUCUGUCGCACGCUGAUGAACCGGCCGGAGGUGGUGUCGAUCGGCAUGGUGUGGGACUCGGAGCGGCCGUCCGCCGAGCACGUGAGCGCCGUGUACGCCGCGCUCGGCACGCAGCUGCGGCCCACCGACGCCUUCCACGCCUGCGUCGACCGCUCCUGGGCCGUCGGCGCUACGCACCACCUCGUCGGCCUCGUCACCUACUACGGCAAGCACUACUCCACCUUCUUCUACCACAGCAAGCUCCGCCUUUGGAUAUACUUCGAUGACGCCGACGUCAAGGAGAUCGGCCCCGAGUGGUCGCAGGUCGUCGACAAGUGCCGGCGCGGCCGCUUCCAGCCCCUGCUGCUGCUGUACGCCGCCGUGGAUGGCACCCCCUGUGACACGCGCCACGCGCCCAAGGACGUGGUGCCCUUCCCCGCGACGGAGCCGCGCCGCGCCGUCACUCCCGCCCCCGAGCGCCCCGCCGCCGGCUACGCGCGCCGCGCCGUCACGCCCGGCCCCGACAACGACUCCGACUAUGUCAGCAGGAGGGCCGUCGAGAACAUGCUCGAUGUCCAGGCCGGCCGCCGGGCGCAGCUCGCCCGCAGCCUGAGCGCGAGCUCCGCCUCCGACUCCCAGGAGCGGCCGCGAGCCCGCCGAGACUCCGGAAACUGGAGCGGCGACCGAAACAGCGCGUCCUCGGGGUCGUCGACGGUCGAGAGCCCCUACAUGUACCCGCGCGGCCGCGGCCCGGGCAGCAUCCCGAGCAGCCCCACGCGCAAGGGGGAGCUCUCCAGCGGCGGCUCCUGUGACGCUGGCUACGACUCGUACUCGCUGUCGUCUACCGACAGCCUGCCGCUGCAGCAGGGCCUGCGCCACAACCUGCAGCUGGCCCAGAUCCCGGAGCUGACGACCCGCGGGGACUGCGAGGCGCUCUGCAUGGAGGCCGACCGGCUGCUCGAGAAGUCGCGCCACGCCGAGGACGCCGACGACUUCGAGACCGCCCUGGUGCUGUGCGAUGCCGCGGCGGCGAAGGCACGGGCGGCGCUCGACGCCCCCUACAACAACCCUCACACGAUGACCUUCGCGCGCAUGAAGCACAACACGUGCGUGAUGCGCGCCCGGAGUCUGCAGCGGCGGAUGGCGGGCAUGAACCGCGUCACGGAGGUGCCGCAGGUGGCCCCGGUUCGAAAUACGAGGGGAGGCCUCGAGAGCGCCCCCACGACGAUCGAAAUAUACGCGACCCUGCCCAAGAAGAAGGGGUCGACGAAGAAGUCACCGAAGGCGGUCGACGACGACGUCGACGCGCCGCCCCGGGAGCGCCAGCAGAGGCAAAAGUCCCGGGAGGACGACAAGGGGCGCGAGAAGCGAUCGAGGAGCGAGGACCGGAGUCGGUCCCGCAAGGACGCGCCUAUCGCGGUCGAGAAGAAGGAGGAGGCGGAGGAGAAGAAGUCGAAUAAGAAGCAGCACAAAAUUCGAAGAAAGCUGCUGAUGGGCGGGCUGAUCAAGCGGAAGAACAGGUCUAUGCCGGAUCUGACGGAGGGCGCCGACGGAAACAAGGAGACCGACGGUAAAGAGAAGAGGGUCUCGUCGGUGGACGACGGGGACGUCGGUCGAAAGAAAGUCGACGACAAAUCGAAUCUGAGCGGGUACCUGUCCGAGGGCCACCUGGAGUACUCCGCCAACGGCGGGACCAAUCCGAAUUUAGAGAGGAGCAAACUCAUGCGGAAAAGUUUUCACGGGAGCGCCGGUAAGAUGCUUACCGCGGCCAAGGUGCCGCCUCCACCGCCGCUGCGCACGACUUCCCAGCUUAGCGGGUCUAAGUUCGAGGCCGAAGUGGUCGAGCGCGGCGAGCCGGCGCGGCCCCCGCACCACGCGCAGCCUCCGCGCGACUACGCGCGCCCCUACCCCGACAACGACGAGGACGGCGGGUUCUCGGAGCAGUACGGCGACGAGCCGCAGUCGCUGCCGUUCCUGCCCUCGUACGACGAGAAUAACCCCUACAACGGCAGCUGCAGGUCGGACGACUCGCCGAACACGUCCCAGAACUUCCACACGGUCGUGACUAAAGCCAUGAUACACCAGGAGCAGAGUCCGGUCAAGAGGGAAAGUAUAGGGAACAUCCUCCCGUCGCAUAGCAACGUGCAGAACCUAAACGGCGUGUUCGAUGGCGGCGUGGACGUCGUCGACUGCGCUAUGCCGGCGCGGCGGUCGCCCCAGAUGUUCGACCUGCCCCCGUACCCCAGUCCCAUGAACUCGGUCAACCACUCGCGGCAGCCGAGCGAGGAGUUCCCGCCCCCGCCGCCGCCGAUCGAUCUGACGCCGCUCCAGGACGAGUUGAACAAAAUAAAACAAAGGGACGAAAUGCGCGAAGUCAACUACAUGAACAUGGUCAACAAUUUGAACAAUAUGGAGGUGACGAAGGGAUCGCUGCUCGCUCAGUUGCAAGAAAAACGCAGCCAAAUUCUAAGAAACGAGGAGCGCCUGAGUAAAAUGAACGUCAUUCAGUCGAAUCCGACCUCGGGCGACACCUGGCUAAGAGAAUUACAGGCGAAGCAGGCGGCGCUGAAACUCAAGAGGUCCGAAUCACUGGAAGGUCAACUCGGCGACAACGCUGCGCAUAGACAGUACGACAGCAACCUUAUAAAUAGUAGCGUUCGAAACGUGGCCGCCAAGUUCGAACAAAACGCACAAAAUAUAUGCAACGAGCAGGACAAAACUCACAUAGGCUACGUGGGCAUGAGCGGCAACCGAGACGUCAUAAAUUGCUCGAAUACCUCCAACGGUGUUUACAACAGGCGAGCCUCGUCCUCGUCGAUCGAUUCGAAACAGGCGGAGGAGGAGUACAACGAUCAGAAAAAUAAUAACGUCGCGUUAAGCGAUCGCUCGAAACCCAAAAAGAAGUCCGUUUCGUUUUGCGACCAAGUCAUCCUCGUCGCCACCGCCGAGGACCAGGAGGACGACAGCUACAUUCCUAAUCCGAUUCUCGAGAGAGUCCUCAAGAACGCCAUGAACAAGCCGGAGCUGACGACCGUGCCGCUGCAGUCCGAGAAACCCUCCCUGCAGCGUCAGGACUCCUUCGACAGCCAAUCCUCGAGAUCCACUAUUUCCUCCCUGUCUCAGAAAUCGUACGUGCCGAACGACGCCGACUACUACCGAGUACAGAACUCGUAUCCCACUUAUCAAAUCGCCCAGACGCGCCCUCAGCAGCAGUACAACCCGCAGAAGACCACGACCAUCAACGGAACGAACUCCCCCGUGCUGGCCCAAAAUCAAAACGGACCUAGCGGCAACCAGAUUUACCAGCAGCUUCCGCCGAACUCCCAGAGUACGAGCGGCCCGAUACCGUACAACCAGCCGCCCGCGGCGUACGCGAGUCAAAGCAACUCUAGCCCACCGAACUUUAGCCAAAAUCCCGCAAACAGACUGACGCCCACCUCGCAUAGUGCGACGUACGCCCCGAAACACAUGCCCGGACAGAGAACAGUGCCAAAUACAUAUCAGCAUCCACCGAAUCCCAUCCAUCAGAGCAAUCAGAUGCAGAGCAACGCCUACUACCAUAGACUACCGCAGCAGACGACGAUGCCGACCCCGGCGAGCGGCGGCUACGGCAGCCGGCAGUACGGCCAGAACGGCCACGGUGCUGGCUCCCCGUAUCAGAGCGUGCCCUCGAAUUCCCCGGCGUACCAGGGCGCGCCGUCCGGCUCGCCGGCCUACCAGGCCUACAACCCACCGACGAGCUACGCCAACACCGAUUAUUCUAGUCGAUAUCCUCAAGUAAGUAGCGCGAACCCCUACGGCGCGAACCCCUCACCGUAUCAGAGGGUGCCGCCGCCGCACGGCGAGCUGCCCGUCGACAACUAUAACGCUAGUGGUAAUUAUCAAAAAUUACCCAACGGUUACUACCACGACGGCAGCGGAAUGAACCAGAACCGCAUCCCCGAGGUAAGACACUUCGCGGCCCAGCAGUCGCAGCGGCCGAACGGGUACAACCAAAACGUUAAUUCUGAUAGCAUCGAUCAAAUUACGCAGUACCAGUACCAAAACGGGUACAAUCCGUACCAGCAUCUGCCCGUGCCGAAGCAGAUGCAGAAGAAGUCCGUCUCCUUUGAACCCGGCACGAAGGGCGGCACGGACUCGCCGAUACCACCGCAAAUCAAUUCUAAUUAUUCUAGCGACAGCCACAGCGGUCCGACGAGUGCAAACCAGAAAAUGCCGUGCAAUUUGUGUCGAAACAAAACGGUAAGCCCGCCGGCGAUAUAUUGUUCCGACUGCGACUUUUACAUGUCAAGGUUCAAACCGCGCUCAUAGCACAGUUAAAUAUAGUAUUGUUAAGUUAGUUAUAUCGACAAAUGAACUCUGAAAUAUUUAAUUCACGUUGUAAAUUGUUAAAUAGGUAUUAGGUAGGUAAGUAUAAAGUUAAGAGCGACUGAUCUCAUCGGAGAAUUAAGUGUGGCAAACGCUGCCUAAUGUAAAAUACAAAAUUUUGUUUUCUAUCUAUUAAAUAUAAGUAAAAUCUAUUAUAACUAUCGCCUUGCGUAUAGCUAUUUUUAUAACUUCAUAAACAAGUAAUAA